UUGCUUCUCCAUAUUUGGAAAUGUUUACCCACCACACUGAUCUAUUGGAAGAGGAGGAGAUGACUCAGGGUUUAGGAGAAGCAGGAUUUGAAUUCCUGUUUCCAGAAACAAGGUCACCCCCUCCCCCCUCCUCCUGCCCCCCUCUUUCCCCUCCACUCCUUUGCCCCUUGUUUUGGAGGCUGAGGAGAGAAUGUCUCAGUUCCUUUCCCAUCGAGCUUCAGGACCACCUCCUUGCAGUGUCCCGUGCAGUGGGACGGAAGGCUUGUGAGAAGGAGUGAGGGAGAGUGGAGGGCCAGCUGCCUGUGGUGGCCUGACGUCGCGUGGAAACACUGUGAGGCCCAGAGAAAGAAGUGAAGACAGAAUCCAGUCCCCUGAUUCCCAAUCUAGUGUUUGCUCCACCAGUCAUUCAUUGGCAGGAAGAUAUUUGUCUUCAUUGUCACUGGCAUUGCAGUUUGCUUAACUUUGUGUGCACAGACCAUCUCAAGAGCUAGUGAUCUGAGAUACCAACAAUGUCUCACCCAUCUUGGCUGCCCCCCAAAAGCACUGGUGAGCCCCUUGGCCAUGUGCCUGCACGGAUGGAGACCACUCAUUCCUUUGGGACCCCCAGCAUUUCAGUGUCCACACAACAGCCACCUAAGAAAUUUGCUCCAGUAGUUGCUCCAAAGCCCAAGUAUAAUCCAUAUAAGCAACCCGGAGGUGAGGGUGAUUUUCUUCCACCCCCACCUCCACCUCUAGAUGAUCCCAGUGUCCUUCCAUCUGGCUCUGGAAACUUCCCUCCUCCACCUCCACUUGAUGAAGGUGCUUGCAGGGUGCAGCAGGUUAACCCUGGAGGCAAGACCCUGGAGGAGAGACGCUCCAGCCUGGAUGCCGAGAUCGACUCCUUGACCAGCAUCUUGGCUGACCUGGAGGGCAGCUCCCCCUACAAGCCUCGGCCUCCACAAGGCUCUGUUAGUUCAACAGCUUCUCCACCUGUCUCCACCCCUGUCACAGGACACAAGAGAAUGAUCAUUCCAAACCAACCCCCUCUAACUGCAACCAAAAAGUCUACAUUGAAACCACAACCUGCACCCCAGGCUGGACCCAUCCCUGUGGCUCCAAUUGGAACACUCAAGCCCCAGCCUCAGCCAGUCCCAGCCUCCUACACCAUGGCAUCCACCCCAUCAAGACCUACCUUCAAUGUGCAAGUGAAGUCAGCCCAGCCCAGCCCUCAUUACAUGACUGCCCCUGCACCAGGACAGUUUUACAGCCCAGGUUCCCAGGGUUAUAACACUCAGCCAGCUCCUGUCUCUGGGCAGGGUCCACCUCCUCCAAUCCGGGGAGGCAUGGACUACACAUAUGUUCCACCACCAGGACUUCAACCUGAGCCUGGGUAUGGGUACGCCCCCAACCAAGGACGUUAUUAUGAUACCGGUUACCAACCUGGACCUGGCUAUGGUGUUAGAAAUGACUCUGAGCCUGCCUAUAGUCAACAAGGUCACCAGAAUACCUGGAAGUGUGAACCAGGGUACAACCCUCCUGCAGCAGUGAACCAGAACCCUUCUGGGAUGUAUCCUGUCCCUGGACCCAAGAAGACCUAUAUUACAGAUCCUGUUUCUGCCCCCUCUCCUGCACCACUGCAGCCAAAGGGUGGGCACACUGGAUCAGUGGGACCUUCAGCCAUCCCCCCAUCAUUCCGCCCAGAAGAUGAGCUUGAGCACCUGACCAAGAAGAUGCUGUAUGAUAUGGAAAACCCACCCUCCGAUGAGUACUUCGGCCGCUGUGCUCGCUGUGGGGAAAACGUAGUUGGGGAAGGUACAGGUUGUACUGCCAUGGAUCAAGUCUUCCAUGUGGAUUGUUUCACCUGCAUCGUCUGCAGCAACAAGCUCCGUGGGCAGCCUUUCUAUGCGGUGGAAAAGAAGGCAUACUGCGAACCCUGCUACAUUAAUACCCUGGAGCAGUGCAGUGUUUGUUCCAAGCCCAUCAUGGAGCGGAUUCUCCGUGCCACCGGGAAGGCCUAUCACCCUCACUGCUUCACCUGUGUGAUGUGCCACCGCAGCCUGGAUGGGAUCCCGUUCACCGUGGAUGCUGGCGGGCUCAUUCACUGCAUUGAGGACUUCCACAAGAAAUUUGCCCCCCGAUGUUCUGUGUGCAAGGAGCCUAUCAUGCCGGCCCCAGGCCAGGAGGAGACUGUCCGUAUUGUGGCCCUGGAUCGCGAUUUCCACGUUCACUGCUACCGGUGUGAGGAUUGUGGUGGUCUCCUGUCUGAAGGCGAUAACCAAGGCUGCUACCCCUUGGAUGGACACAUCCUCUGCAAGACCUGCAACUCUGCCCGCAUCAGGGUGUUGACCGCCAAGGCUAGCACUGACCUUUAGACACAGCUACCUGUUAAGCUGGUUAGUGGGUGGCACUGAGAAGAAUGAAACACAAGGAAAAGAUUUUAAAAAAAAAAAUAAGAACUAGGGAAAUAGAAGAAAGGAGAUCAAGCUAUGGGAUGGUCUCUGUUCUUCAUCUGCUAAUCUGCUAUUAACCUUUCUUUAGAAGCACAUAGAAUGAGAUUUUUUUUAAAUUCUUACCAAUUCACAUUUCACAUUUAAUCAUGUAGGACCUUGACGGCCUUUGUUCACAAGGACUUCCACAUUUUUGCAUGGAUUAUGCUCCAUCCCAUUCACUUCUGCAUUCCUGUAACUUUUAAUCCCUAUGUUUGUCUCACUUUUCAUCCGGUUGAAUGACUUUUUUUAGUGUGGUAUUUGCUGUCAUGCAGUUUUUCAUGGGUGAAGCUGCCAACUCACAGGUACUUAGACUUGAAAGCUCCAUCCUAUCACUUCCACAUUGCCUGUGAUCAUAAAAUUUAGGCAUUCUUUUCCUGCAUAUUGCAAAGUAUAUCUUUUUGUGGCUACAAACCAGCCAUGUCCCUGGGGGAGAAAAUACACAAUUUAUAUAUUAGACUACAUAGAAUUUGAUUUGUGUAUUACAUAGGUUAAAACAAUCUCAAAUUUGGUUUGCAACUGUCCAAACUUGAAAUCUAUAGUAACCAGUGAUCAGUGCUCAUUUAAAAACAAACAUAAGCCCAUAGCUAAUGAGGGAAGAGGGAGAACAAAACUUCAAUCUUUUCCAAAGAAAUUUCAGGUGGAUCAUGCUGGAAAAAAAGUAAUUGGGGGGCUAUGUUUGAAAAGCCUAUUUUUAUCCCACAGUAUUAUCAAGAUUGUUCUUUUCAAUACUAUCUGGACAUUAUAAUAUUCAUAAACUUUCUUUUCUCUGGAAUCUAACAUUUCUGAGAUUGUCCCACUUUUCAUCUUAAGAAAUAUUGCCAUGCUUUUUUUCUAAUAUCCAAGUACAACUACGAACAUUGACUUUUCUCUCAAGGAAGGUCACUAUAAACAACAGUUUCUAUCACCUCCACCACCAUAGCACACACACAGCCCUGGCCCAGGUCCUUUUUGUCUGACAAUUGCAAAUCAGGGCACAGAAAAUAAAAUUGUGACAUUUUGUUUAGUUUACUUUUAAAAAAAGAAAAGCUUAAAAAGAUUGUGAAACCACAUUUCAUUAUUCUCAUAAUCCUUCUGUAACUCAAAUUACAUAUUGCAGGAGAUAUUUUCAUAUCUUCGAUGUGACAUUUACACCAUACUUUCAUAGACAAUCACUGAAAAAAAAAUUGCCUUUCUGAGCUAAAAAUAUGCAGGGUCUCUGCCUAGAAUCUUUAUUCAAACUCUUAUUGGCCAGUGAGAUGCAUGCCUGCCAACUGCAGAACCAUACUUCUUUAGUUUCUAAUGUGUUUUAUUUAAGGCGAGACACCUAGCUUAGUAAUGUCAGGUUGUCAUUUUGUAAACUAAUUAAAUAUUUUGGAUUGAGAUUCCUUAAACUUCUCUUCAAAUCAUCCAUAAAUAUAUACUUUUAAAUUAUGAACUAUUUUAAAUAUACAAGAAAGUAUAAAUAAUAAUAUAAUGAAUCCCUGUAUACCUACCACCCAGUUUAAGAAAUCAACUAUAACAAAUAUAGUCAUCUUCCCCUGAGUACCAUUUCCUGAUUCCACAAAUAUCUUUUUCAUGAUUAUAAUGUUAUAGAGUCAGUUUUUCUACUCUGAUGAUUUUAUUAAUUUUUUUUUAAUUUUAACAUCCAGAACAGAAAUGAAAAAAAAAUUGUACAUAUUUUAAAUUGUAAUCCAUGCCCCAGGAAUUCCAAUUGCAUUUGUUUUACUUGAAUAGGAGUUAUUAUAAAAGUUGUCAAAUAUUAUUAUUUUUUUAAAUAGAAGCCUCUUAAAGCUAACAUCACUAUAGCUCAUCUAAGUUAAUUUGGGGCUCAUUUGCUUUCGUCACCAAGCAAUUUUGUUUUAGAACCACCAAAGUUAUAGCUAUUAAGAGCUUCUUUUGAUCACUGUUAUUUCCUUACUUUGCUAAUCUUAUCCUUGAGCUUAUAUUUCUCAUAAUGUGAAAUAUAUAGAACUCACUUAAGGGUAGUGUCUGAGUUUUAGGAUACAAUGCCUCUCUCUGAAUUAUAUCUUCCAACAUAAAAGCCAGACCAUGCUAAUGACCUCAAAGAGCACUGACUAUUAGACAAUUAGCAUGACAUUAUAAUCAGCUUGAAUUGAUUAAAUAACUUGUUUUCUAUGAAAUAUUUUUGGGGAAAUUGUCUUUUGGCCAAAAGCAAAGAGCCCAAUCUAUUGAGAGAUGGAUUUUAUCGAAGUGCAGUCAUAUUGUUGUAAAAUUUGCCAAAAGAGAAAGAAUUUAUGAAAUAUUUAUACUAUAAAAAUGCAAUAACAUCCUACUUGUUUGUUACAUUUAAGUGCUUAUGUAACUUAAUGUUUACAUGCCAAAACAAGAGUUAUAAGAAAUACUGUCACAGACAUAUCACAGUGGCAUUGCCAGCAAAAUACUGCUUGCUUACAAUCUUUAGAGUACAUUUUUAUCACAUAACCUCAGAGUAUCUUAACCAAAGAUUUGUAAAGUAAAUCUCUUUUUAAUAUAGACAUAUUAUACUUUUAUGAUAAUGAAUGUACACACAUACAUAGGCGGGAAUAUUUAGAUUAAGAUUUUUUUUUCUUUCACAAGGUAUAAUAAGGAAAGGAUCCUACAAUAUUUUAUUCCAUAUAUUUUCAAAAUAUAUGAUUUAUAUUGCUUUUCUGUUUUUUCUUUUAUCAUUUGAUUUAAACAAUGCCAAGUCACCCUUUACUGUUUAAGUUACAUGAAAUUUUGCCUAUAACAGAGAUAUAAAGAUCAUGUUACCGUAAUGCGUAUAUCCUAUUGUCUUUUGACAAGUUGUCUUUAUUGUUAUCAGUUAAAUACAUAAAUAGUAGAGCAGAAUAUCAUCAAUAGAGCCUAUAAGGGUAAAAACUGGUUUUAAAACAUUGUCAAAAACACAAAUAUUUGGUGAUACAGUAUAACAUGGGAAAAUGGAAAAGAAAAAAAACCCACUAUAUCAUGGGCUCUGUAGACUACUUUAAAGCAAGAAUUUUUAAUUUUCUGGAUCCCUAGCUCAUACUGUCUCAAUGUGGAAUCUUAUCUGGCAAACAAACUUGUUUUUAAAAUUCAAAAAGAAACCAUGUGACCCAGCAUAAGGCAUCAAGAUUUCAGGGUGCUGGACGUCUCUAUAGCUCAAAGAUGUGGGUUCUUUUUCUUGUCAUUAACACAUUGUUGUUUCCAUAGGGCCUUCUCUGGUCAAAAUUACUUCACUGGGCAUGUGCAGGGUAAUGCAGUGGAGUUAUCAACACUAUAUAUGUUUUCUGACUAUGAAAGAUUCUGCAAAGAUGUUUAUGGUGAUGUUUAAAGUACAUAAAACUCUAACUACACUUAUAUAGAUAUUUUAUAGUUGGGUCCAGAGGAGAAAGAGGGCACUUUUCCAAUGGGACUGUAAUAAAGAGUUAAUGGAAUAUAGAUAGGACUCUGAAAACAGCUUUCAACAAUUUUCCUAAUUAGCAAAAAUCCUAUUAAUGUGAACCAGCCAGGAAUAUUUCUAUUUGAUAUGGUUUGGGCUUCUCUUGUCAAAUCUGUGUCGGUUGCCCCCUGAUCCCUCCAUUAUCAAGUUUUGAAGGGUGUUGGGGAAAUUAUGGCAGCUGUUAGGGAGAUCAGGGAAACACUGAUGUAACCUCACAGCCUCUCACCAUUUCUCUUGGCUUAGAAAGCCUUUUUUUUCCAUAUACAUUUCUAGAAAUAUUGCUAUUCUACCUUAGCAUUUCACAUUUGUAGUUUAAACAAGCGAUUGUCCAUCUGUUGCCUAGAACUCCAGUACAUGUGUGUUAUGAAUGAAAUAUGACAGCGUGUUCCAUACCCCUGCUUUAGCCAUCUGCAGGAAAUCAGUAGGCUGAAAAGAUAUACCUCUGCAAAAUGUGCCUUAAAUCUAUUUCCCGGGAUCGCUCUUUUGGUGCACUUUCAUGGGAGACAGUCACAGAGAACAACCUAAAUCCAUUUACACUAUCCUGAAUGCUCCACUGAAGAUUCCAUAAUAUAAAUAACAACCCUAAAUCUCAAAGAUGUAUUCAUCAGAAGUGAAAAACAAAUCCAGAGAAGUCAAGAACUCUUCAUCUUAAUGUGUUCUAAUAACAUUUCUUUUCUCCUUCUCUUUUGGAAGUACCUCACGUGUUCCUACCUUAGGAGAACAUUCUUAUGCCAGAAUGUCAUGUAUUGGAUGUUCUUAGUGUUUAUGAUUUGAAUCUGACUCUGGUUUUCAUCACAUAAUGAAGAUAGAGACUUCAACUUGAGCCCUUUACACCCAUUAAGUAUAUCCAUUUUUUUAAUUGCCUUAGUUUAUAUUAUUAUUAUGAUGACGAUGAUUACUAUUAUUAAUUUUAAGGAGAUAGUAGACAGAACAAGUUGAAAAUCCUGGUCCCAAGUCAUUAUCAAGAACAUUUCAGGUCAGGUUAGUUGCUUGAGAGAUGCGUAGAAUACUUUUCUCAUAAGACUGCUGUUUGGUAAGCAUAUUAUUUUGAACCUUUAAAAUUAUCUGAUUAAGGCUACUAUUACUUGGUGAAUAUUUUUCCUCCCUCUCCCCAUUGCUCCAUUUUUUUUCCCCUCCUUUUCUCCCUACCUUCCUUCAUUUCCACCUUUCUUAUCGAUGCUAUUAUGCUUGGGCUUUUCGUAAAUAAACUAAAUCAAUAUGUUACUAUCCUUAUAGAAUUAUGAUCAUAUUAAGGGAGGAAGGAUACACUGAAAAUAUAUGUGGAACCCAUAAAGCCUUCCUUUCAAGAGGCAUAUAUUUCUGGUUGUGUUUUCAUAAAGUGAGAUAAGCUAAUAGUAUCUUUUAGUUUUAUUUUAAUGAUUUUGCAUCUGGGACCCAAGUAAAAUCAUUCUUGGGCAAAUUUAUUUAUGGCUGAUUUAGUUUUCUCAACUAUAUGCAAAGUGACUUUUCUAACACUAGGUUAAGAUUUUUUAAAAAUUCAAAGCAUUCUGACUAACAAAACAAUUCUUAGUAGUGGCAUGUAAUUUUGUUCCACUGAAACUUGAUAAUAUUGACUUUCAUGGCAAGGAAGAAUUAUUAUCCUUCCAUCAUUUUAAUGUGUGUUAUGACACUAAUAUUAAAUACAAUUGCUGAAUCACAUUUUUGCCCCAUAGGGUAUGUCAGCACCAGAGUAUUGGGGUAUUUUUUGUUUCUGUGUUUUUUGUGAGUUUUUUGUUGUUGUGUUUUGUUUUGUUUUGUUUUGUUUGAGCACAGAUCACAGGUCUUUAUGCUAUUUACAGAAAGCAUCCUGAGAAGAACAACUCUGUGUCUCUCAUUGAAGCACUUUGAAUUUGUUAAAAUUUGGUUCAAUAUUCUUUUGAACUCUGGUGGAUACUGAUAAAUAUAUGCCUUUCAUGUCCAUUUUCUUGGUUUGAAAAAGCUUAUAAUCCUAAAAUUAUGUUUCUGUUUUGGGUUUCUACCCUCACUUCCAUUCUCUACAUGUUUUCACAAGAUUGACAUUGCUUUUUGGUUUGAGAAGGCCAAAUAUGAGGAAUAUAAAACAUAUUACCAAAUAUAAUUAACGAUGGUUUCAGUGGUUACCUUGUUUUGAUAUUUAGCCAGAGUUUUUUGUUUGUUUUUUUUAACCUGUCUUCAAGAAGAGUGGGGUUAGGGAGGGCAAGGGGGAAUUUUAGAAAAGGGGCAAUUCAAUUAAAACUAUGACAAGAGAGUUCUUGUAAAGUGUAGCAUUGAGAAUUUUCAUAAGGGACCAGCAAUCGUUGUUGUUUAAACAAGUAAAAAUAUAUUGCCAACCUGUAUGUAUAAGCUAUUUAAAAAUCACUGUGGCUAACAAUAUAGAUAUUUUCCCCAUGUCAGAAGAGAAUAAAAUGAGAGCUGUCACUAGACCCAAUGGCACGGCCAUAACUACAUCAGAACUUUUAUAAAACAUAUUCCUUCCUUAACAACUUGUGAGAGAGGGGCAUAGCUUGUUCUCUUUCUGACAGAUGGUGGUAAAUAUUCUGACAUACUCCUAGGCAAACUGCACUACACCCUUUAGGACUCUCUGAACGUUAGAAGUUUUUUAUUUUCAAUGUACUUACUUGUAAGAGCAAUAACUAGGUGGGUUUUUUUUUGAUAUGUGGCUUUCUUAUUCAAAUUCAGUCACCCACUGUCUUCAGUGCCUUACCUAAACAGCUAUACUAUAAUUGAUGUAUGCUAGUUAUCUCUUUUUUAGUUGCAAAUACAGAAAGUUGACUUUAUCUUACUAACUUUAAAGAAAAAUAAAUAUAAAAUGGCCUAUUUUCCCUUGAAUGCAGUAAGGACUUGCUCUUUUCUUUGUCUUACUUUCCCAGGCCUUGUGCAAAAAAAUUAAGUUACCCAGUAUGCAUGUGACUGACUUUGUGGAAAGCUGAGUAAUAUGGAAAAUGCAUUUUUAUUAAACUGACAUUUUUCCUUUGAAGUUAAACUGAAAUUACUAAAAUCUUUGCUCUUUAUUUCUAAUUGAUCUUUAAUUGACUGCAGUCUCUAAACACAUAAGUAUUCUAGAGAGAGUAGGAAACCCUGCAGCUAAUUCCUUUGUAAUUAAUAACUAAAGGUGCUUGCAUGAAUCCUUCCCCACUGUAUAUCUUAUUUUUUCCCUAGAUAGUCAUCUAGUUAGUAGCAGUACAAAACCUUGUUCAUCUAACUCUGGUAGACAUUUACCUAAUAUACCUAAAUAGAAGUCUUAUUAUCAGUCCACAAACGCAUUAAGUCAGCUUGGCACUGAAAGAGUAACUUCAAGAUUCAAUUUUCAACCCUAGGAAUAAAACACUGUACCAAGAAUGAGAUGAGUGUAGCUAUGGCAUCUAUUUGUUUUACACCAGUGUAGGUGGUUUUAGCAGACCCUAAACACUAGUGCUAUUCCUAGAUAAACAUAGAAUCAUGGAUCCUUUAGGAGCUGACUCUUCUCUGCAAUUUUUCUGACAAGUCACCAUUCCACAUCUUCUUAGACCUGGCCAAUAUGCAGUACUGCUCAUAGCAAUCCAUUCUACCAUUGGAACAGCUCUUCUUACAAAAGUUCUUCCUUUUGUUGAGCUGAAAUCUGCCUCUAGAACUAACAAAACAAGUGUAUGUCUAAAUCUUUGCCCCUUUAGCUCAGACAUCACCAACCCUUUCAACUUGCCCUUAUUUAUUAACACAAUGUCAAGUCCUAUCAUCUUUCUGAUUCGUCUUCUAACAGUUGGGCCCAAAAAUAUUUUUUAUUUUUAUUUCAAUCUACUCAGUGAAACUUUACAACCACCUUGGUUUGGGCUAGGUGAAAACACAUUCUUCAGGGUUGAAAAUAAACAGAAUUGGAAUCACCAAAGGGAUACAAUAUUCAAUGUGGAAACUUCCUCAAGGACUCCGACCUGGGAAAGUAAACAGCUAGAUGGGGAUAGAUAACCCAUGUGUAUAAAACAGUCCUCUUACUCUGUAUUCUCUACUGUUUUUGAUGUUGCCAAAAGCAAAGGCAUCUUGGAAACAGGAAGUGAGUUAAUGCAUAUGCCAUUCCUAAGACACCAACCUCCUGGCCAAUGUUCAUAAAAUCUCUUCAACCCUUUUCUUGCUCACAUUCUUCAUUCCAAAUAUGCAGAAGAGUCCUGGACACUAUGUAGGGUCUAACAAAAUAAUUACUGGUUGAUUAGUUUUGAAAUUCAUUUUCAUCCAUCCUGUGCUCAAAUGUUUGUAUCCAGAGUUCUUGCGCUUCUACCAACAGAGCAGCUUUCCUCCAUGAUCAGUUUAGGUGCUAUCCUUAGGAGUCUAUGUUUUCUCUUUCGUCCUUCCAACAUUCAUAUCCCUUACUUGCUCCUUAAUUUAAUAAUCAUCUACUAAUCACUGUAAGAGAAUCAGCCAGUAGGUAACUUUGGUUCAGACCAACUGUGAUAAGUUCUGUAGUAAGGGGCCACAGUAAGGCUUGUAGGAGGAGGUGAAAUUCGGUAAGAAAUCUUAAAUUGGAAGACCUAGAAUAGAGGAAAGAGUAUUCAAGGCACGAAAACAACAGGGAAACUCUGGCUACAUUCAGAGAAGACCCUCUUUCUUGGCCAAAGUAUCACAGAUUCUGGAUUUUCUUCUUUACAGGAGAUAUUCAGAGUUAAUGGGAAGGAAAAUGCAUGGAGAAAGGCUAUUUCAAUGGUCACUUGCCUUUUUUGUCUCUUUAUAAUUGGAAAAGAGGCUGAGCUGCCAGAAUAUAAUCCAGCACAUGCAAUAUGAACAGGAAGCAGCCCUCCAUGUACUUUAUUUAUCACAUAGAAAAUGUGCAUUUUUGCCUUGGAUUGCUAUUUAGUUUAAGUGGUAUUCCUUAGUCUUUGGGAGGACAAGGCUAUUUCAACCCCAGCUUUGAAAUAAGAGCCUUAUAUGCAGAAUCUGUCAUCUGUCUCCUGGGCAGGACCUGGGGGUGGCUUUCUAAGAUCUAAAAUAAUAAUUCCUAAGAGAGCUUACAAACUGCUUUCAUACAUAAAACAGCCCUGGAAGAAGAUUAUUAAUAGCCCUAUACUGGAAGAGAAAGCUGAGGCUCAGAAUCUAAGUAACUUGCCAAAAGCUUGUAAGUGGCAGACUAGGGGACUUACCCAGGUCUUGCAAGUCCAGUGAGGUUUCCAGCGGCCACUCUCAAGGCCCCCAAUAUCACAGAGGACAAUAUGUACUUCUCACAAGCUACUUUGCCCCAUUAAAAGUCAUCCAGGUAUAGUCACAUAGACCAUGAGGUAUCAGGUGGCAAAUCCACGUGUCCUGUUUGAGAUUGAGAUCAUUUAGAGUUUCUGUGUAAGUCUUCAGUGUCAUUUUAUGGGACAUCACUAGGUAUUCUGGUCCGGGCAACACUGUGACGAAGUUGGUGGAGAACAGCCACUGAUGAGAACAAACAACCUUGGCACUGAAGCACAUUGCAUCAAAUUUCCCCAGGGAGAAAUUGGCUUACAUUACAUUAACUGCAAAACUCUCUGAGGCUGUGAUGUUCAGAAUAUCAACUGAGUCCACAUCAUUUAGAAUUCAGUGGAGUACAGAGGUGACUUGAUCCUUAAGCUCUUUCCUGCAGGCUGCAAUUUAUGCCCCACAGAGGCAGAAACUGCUAUAGGUAGAGGACAUGUUAGUUUCUUUCUCCGUUAACAUUUGUUCAGAGCCCACCAUGUGUCUGUUGCUCCAUCAGGCAUUUCUGAACCAACCAACCCAUGACCUUGAAAUGUCUGUAAACAAAUGCUAUUGAACUGAUUGUGUUUCUGAGAUUUGGCCUUUGCCAUUUGAUUGACUAGACUUCCUAGGCCGUUUUAGUUUUAUGAUUUGUGUCCUUAUCGCAAGGAAUUUGGUUCUGUGUUGUUUCCAAAAUACAUACUUGGAAGACUCGCUGUAUAGUCUAGAGGCUUCUCUAUAUGGCAGUUCAACAGCCAGGCAUUCCUCUUGAGCUGCAUUCCUCAAGUCUUUGCAUAUGGGGGCAUGCUCUUGGGUUUUUUUGUCUCCUCCAUUCCUCUCUUCUUGACUUUAAGUUAAAAUCUUGUGAACUGAUUGAAAAAUAUACAUUCUCCACCUGUGUUAAAUCUACUACAGGAAACCUUUAAGGUGAUCUUAUCUUGUAAGCUUUCUAGGCAUUUUCUCGCCCUAGAGUCUAACAUCCAUCAAGCCAGUCUCAUCAUCCAUCUUCUUACCCCUGGGUUUAAUGAAAGCCAGGGUAAAUAACAAUGGCCUCGCACGCCCUCCCAGUCUUCACACCUGGUGAAUACAGGCGAUACCUGUGGGCCGGCAGAGUGGUGGCCUUGGCUGAAACAGCAACAUUAAGAUGCUGGAAAGGUACCUCAGCUUCCGUGAUGAAUGUUAGGGCCUGUGGAAUGGAACUGAUUCUUGCAGAAUGGAUGGAGUACCCCCUUUCCAGGGAAUGGGUUAAGAGAAUAAGCAUUUUGAGAUUUUCUCAGGAUUAUCUAGGUGAGUACACCUGAGCAAAACCUCACUUGGGCGGACCUUGAAUGUCUUAUUAGACGGAAUGAAAGAACAGUAAUGCAGUGCACGUGAACAAGCAGCCUUUAAAAACGUAGAAGCAGCCACAAACCCUGAUUUAUCUUUACAUAAUGCAACAAAAGUAACUAAUGAAAAUUUCUCUUCCUCCACUUUACACAAUAUAGUUUCCAUAUUUAGAGAAAUUUAAAACACACACACACACAUACACACACACACCCUUCCAAGAAAGCUGAUCCUUCAAAAAAGAAAUCUUAUUUUAAAACACUUUGGUUUUUCAGGCCAGGAAAUUAACAAUUCCUAGACCUGACCCAUUUCUGUGGCUGACAAAAAAGGAAAAGAAAAAGCUAUUUAAAUUCUGUAUGGAUCCAUUUAUUUCUUAAAAUAUGCCAAAGCAAUUUGAGGUGGGGGUGGAAACUAAGGUAUUUCUCUCCUGCUUGAUUCUCUCUUUGCAUUUCUAUCUGUCAGGAAAAGAGUAAAAAUCUAUUCCUGGGCUAUUAUUAUUGAUGCAUUGUGUUGCCACUGUACAAUGCAUGCUUUGCUUCAUCCUGAGGCAUCAGGAUAAUAGUUGCUUUCUCAGCUCCAUUUCCUCCAUCAUGGGAAAGCAAAUAUUAAGUAUGAAUGUCUUUCCUCCCAAAUUAUUUAACUCCAUUUCUGAACUAGCUUAGAAAAUGUGAAAUGGGGAGAGCUCAAUUUUCUUGGAUACAUUUCUCCUUUUCUUUUGUUUCUUGAGAAUUACAUUUAAGAAUAAAGAAAAAAAUCCAGUUCAUUCUCAUCUUUCUUUCUCUUUGGGUGACAGUGAUGAUCCCUUAGUAAUUAUAAGCUAGAAAGAGAAUAACUUAUCCAGAUUGGGAUGUAUCUGCCAAUGUGUUUCAGUCCUUGAAAUAUAGACUUUGAGAGGACAAGGAUUUUUUUUAAUUAUUAUUCAAAUGUCUUCAUAUUUUAAAACUUUCAAAUAGUAAAAGGAGACUUGAUAUUUGGGCAGAGUUUGUAUUUUACCAACCCUGUAUACCUUCUGCUUAGUUUUGAAAUGAAUGUCAAUGCAUCAGCAUAACAGGUUAAUUGCCAAAAAUUUGAGUUAAAGUGCCUUGGGCCCUCCCUCACUAGGUAGCAAAGUUGAACUGACAAAAAUAGUGCCAUCUUCCCAACUCAGCUGAAAUGUCUGAGCUGAGGUGCAUUCUUGAUAAAAGAGAUUUAGGACCCUAAAACUAAAUCUUGUCACCAAUAUUUUAUAAAGAAGUAGAAGCAGAAAUCUUUAUUCCUUUUAUUACUCCUUUAUUCUGUUGGGAAAGCUGAUAAGCAAGUUAUCCAAGAACAUGUCCGUAAUUAAUAAAAUUGGAAUGUUCCCCCCUAAAAAUCUGAAUUAUGCUCUCAUUCUUUUUCAGGAAACUGAUAUAUCAAAGAGCAAAUAGAAUUAAAGAUGACACUCAAGUGUCUGAUUGUUUAGCAUGAAUGAAAUACCAUGUGGUUUAAUGUGUCUUAAGCUAAAAUUUAAACUCAGAUGCAAAAAAUUUAACAUCUGGAUAUGGUAUUGAACCUUUACAAGGUUAUCAGUGCCAUGACCUGCUUUGUUUUUUUGUUUGGUUUGGUCUUUGCACCUUCACCUUUACCAUUGCUUUAAGAGAUUUGGGGCUCGCUCUUUCUCUCCUGUUAGGUAUGGGGAUUUGUGCAUUUUGAGACACACAAGAAAAGGAAAGGGGAAAAACUUUCUGAGUAACAAAUCUGUGCCCUAAAGUAGACGUGACUGGAAGAUGCAGUGCCUGAGGAUAGUAAUUUUCCCUGAGCUGCGAACAUAAGCUUCUAUUUCAUGGCUUUGUCAGAGGCUUUUCUCCUUCUCUGCUGUCACCUUUGAGAAAAACGGUUGCACCUUCUCCAAAUCUGCCUUUUUAACAGCGACAGUUGAGUUGGCAAGUCUUCCGCAGCUCUGAAUAUAGCCAUUUGCCGACUCCGGCCUCUUUGCGAGACUGACUGAAAUCUGUGAUCUUCUGUUCAGCGUACACAUCAGCAAAGUGAGAAGAUGAGCACUAAAUAUAGGCUCUAUUAACUUUACUUUUAGAUCUGCUGCUUUCAAAAAGUGCCUAUUCUGGGAAACAUAAACGUUAUUCCUACAUAUGUAUGUACACACAAACAGUACUCAGAAUCAUACUGCACAGCCUUCUAAAACAUACCAUCAAAAGGAGUAGGUGCUGAGAUAAGGAAACCUUGCCAAAUGGAAGAAAGGCACUCAUUUCCAAUAUCCCCAAACGAGUGGCACCAUGAAAUGGGCUGCAAACGCAUUCCCUGAGCGUUCCUUGCUGAUACAGCCACUUUAUAUUUAUAUCCUACUUGAUGGUGGCACAGUUCUCAGGUUUCCUGUUCUCUGCUUUAAGGGAAUAUAUGUUUUAUGGAAUUGGAACAUUUAGUCAGGGAAAUCAUGUUUAAAAGAAUUAAUAGAGCAAGGUCCAUUUUAAGAUAUGUGUCAUAUGUGUAUUUUUAUAAACUAAGCAUUGGUGGGUUUAGAAUGUCAACACGUUUCUGCUUUUCUCUCUCAGGCUAACAACAGAGAAAACUGAAGAAGAGUCUUGGCUGUGGGGAUUUGAGAUUCAAGGGGCCAAAUGUCCUUGCCAGAUACUUAGAGCAUUUUUACUUUGGCUCCUAAAGAUAGCAGCACAUGUUAUUUGAUGGUUUUGUUUCCAUAGUUCUUUCUGUGACAGGAUAUCUGUAGAUGUUGAUGGGAGAGCAGCAGAGCUUAGAAUGAUGGAUUCUUUUCCAGCUAUGGUAAUAGGGGAGUGCCCAGGUAAAUAGGUCGACGGAGCAUGGUUGUAGGAGAUAACGGUGGUCAUGCUUUUACAACAAGACCUUUUUAUCCUUAUUUAUGUGUCCUCUGACUCUAACAGCCACAAAUUAUGUUUCCCAUAUUGCUCCUUUCCUUCUAAGCCAGUUGACUCUAUAUUCACUUGAAUAUGCCAUCGUUUCAAGAAAGGGAAAUACCUCCAGUUAGCCCUUCUCCAAGGAAGCUUCUGAUGUCCUCUUCAUCACAAAGUUGCCUCCUGCCCCACCCAGUUUCACCAAAUAGAAGUAAAGGGGGAAAAGCUAUGGAAGAUGGUUUCCAUGCCAUAGCAAUCAGCAACCAUUCUGUUUUCCAUGUAAGAAGCCCCACUGCCCAAAUUUGGGAUGAGAGUGGAACAGUUCCCUGUUUCCUGGGUUCACAAGUGUGGCCCACCCUACUUUAGCUGUCAUCAUUUUAUGAGACUAGUCGGCUCUUCACUAAUAGUGCCUACUCUUCCUGUUGCUGUUCCCUUUUUUAUUUCUACCUUGUCCAAUUUCAACACCAGUUAUUUUCGAUUUUUUAGAGAAUCAGAAUUUUAGUACUAGAAAAGAGUACUAAAAUAUCUGUGCAGUGUUUUAAGGAGUGUUGGGAUGCAGGUGUUUUCCUCCUUGGAAACAAGAUGGACUUGGAAAGAGACAAAUACUGUUUUGCUUUAGGUUUCAGGCUGAAUAUUGUGACUGUAUGAUAUAGUUUUAUAUAGAGGUUAAAUGGUGUUUAAAAGUGGAUAGAUGAAGGAGAAGGGAGAGACAGUGAGAAGCCAGGUUUUCUCCAGGAAAAAAAAAAAUUUAUCUAUGGAGAGCAAGCACUUCCCACUAGAUAAGCACAAUUACAACCCCAGCAUGAUUGGCUAGUCUGCUCAUAGACUUAGGGAAAGCCACAGAAUAACAUAGGGAAUAUGCCUAUUUUCACAAGUACAAUACUGACAGAGCCAUGGUAUUCCUAAAAUAUAGGUUUCUCUUGUAAAUUUUAUUCCUAGUGAAUUGCAUUUUUCCACUACUGACAUAUCCAAAAUAGCCCACAUGGGUCCUUAUGAAAAUAAGAGAAUGAAACCUGUUAUAAGCAAGUGAUUUGGUAUUUUCUUUUGUACUAUGCAUUAUCCAACUAUAUUAAAACAUGUUUCUAUUUACCUUAUAUCAAUUAUGUUUCUCUAUCAAUUAUGUUUUUUUUAAAUUCUCUAUAAGAAUAAAUAUGAAAAUUCUAUUCCUUGUUUCUGUAAAAGAAUUGCAACUACUUUCUUGUAUUUCGAAAUCCAUUAAGCUUAUUAUAUUUA